AUGGAACAGGAACAGGAGAAACUCUAUGGUGCUCUGGACUCCGUAUGCAUUUCAGCUAAGCAGCGCCCUUCACGGUUUUGCUAUACAGACAUUCUUCAAGCGGGUGCUGGCAAAACGAUUCUCGCGUCGAUUGUUAUUGACUCUCUUGAACGAUAUUUUGAAUAUGAGAACGUUGCUAUCGCGUACAUCUACUGCAGCUAUGAAGAUCAGGACAACCAAACCGCCACCAAUCUCCUUGCAAGCCUGUUGCAACAACUAGUGCGGAAAGCGUCUAAUGUUUCAGAAAAUAUCAUAUCCGUCUAUAAGAGCCACGCUCCAAGACAAACACGGCCGUCACUCGACAUAUUUUCAACCCUUCUUCGAUCGGAAGCUCGCCGACUUUCGAAGGUUUUCGUUGUCAUUGAUGCAUUGGACGAAUGCUCUAAGAACAACGGCACUAGGAGAAGCUUGGUUGAGGAGAUUCGAAAACUGCAGCCCAGCAUCCAACUAUUGACCACCUGGCGGCACGACGCCGCUAUCGAACGCGAGUCUAAAAGUGUGACACAUAUUGAAGUCCGCGCAAGUGAUCAAGAUAUUAGAAGGUAUAUUGAAAAUCGGAUCAAGAGGGCCGAUCGCUUGGUGCUGCAUGCCAAAAAUGACCCAUCGCUCCAAGACACCAUCGUACAUACCAUCUCAGAGAAAGGCAAAGGAAUGUUCUUGCUGGCUCAGCUUCAUAUGGACCGUCUGGCAGGGAAGUACUCUUGUCGAAAUGUCCGCAGGGCUCUGCAGAAUCUACCAAAGGAAUUGGAUGACAUUUAUGACAAAGCCAUGCACAAUCGCGAGUCACUUAAAGCGCCUGGCUGUUAA